GAGAGGGCAAGAGAGAGAGAGAGACCAGGGGGGAGCCGGGUGCAAGGCAGAACGCGCGUUGCUCGCCAGUUCACCACUAGACGCCGAGAUUAGAGGGAGCGCCGCGCCCCUCACUCACACUCACGCCCUUAGGAGACGUACUCAGUGCUUCCCUCUCCCUUCUUUGAGCCUGCGCCGCCCCUACACAGUGCCCCGCCAUGGACACCAAAAGACACGUGCCCCGCCCCGUUAACCUGGAGGAGGCGGACGAUGGAGUGGUGGAGUUUUCGCCCCUGAACCAGGAGGAUGAGGGCACGGUGACCAUCGAGGUGCCCGUGCCGGAGGAGCGCGCCGCCUGGGGCUCCAAGAUGCAGUUCAUGCUCUCCUGCAUCUCGCUGUCCGUCGGCCUCGGCAACGUGUGGCGGUUCCCCUACCUCGUACAACAGGAUGGUGGAGGUGCGUUCCUCAUUCCCUACCUGAUCAUGAUGGUCCUGGAGGGCGCCCCGCUGUUCCUGCUGGAGUUGGGCAUCGGGCAGAGGCUCCGACAGGGCUCCUUGGGCGUGUGGAACUUCAUAUCCCCGUGGUGGGGCGGGCUGGGCAUGGCCUCCACCGUGGUGUCCUACCUGGUGGGCCUCUACUACAACGUGAUCAUCGCCUGGUGUUUCUACUACCUCUUCAAUUCAUUCAAGAACCCGCUUCCGUUCGGCGUGUGCCCCAACGAGACACUACCUGGAGAAAACGUGAGCAGGGUGGUGCGUGAGUGUGACAUCUCCAGCGAGACAGCCUACUUCUGGUACCGCCAAACCAUUGACGCCUCGCCCUCCAUAGAUGAGACUGGUGGCAUCAAGUGGUGGAUGGCCUGCUGCCUCACUCUCUCCUGGCUGCUGGUGUGGCUGUGCAUCAUGAAGGGUAUCCAGUCCUCAGGGAAGGUGGUGUACUUCACGGCUCUCUUCCCAUACUGCAUCCUCAUCAUUUUCUUCGGGCGUGCUGUCACCCUGAAGGGAGCUGGUGCCGGCCUCAAGCACAUGUUCACUCCUGAUCUGUCAAAAUUACUCAAUCCGACGGUAUGGAUGGACGCAGCUUGUCAAGUCUUCUACUCGCUGGGUCUUGCGUUCGGCUCCCUCAUAGCCUUUGCCUCCUACAACCCCAUGAAGAACAACUGCAAGCGUGACGCCCUCUUCAUGUGCGUCAUCACAGUCUUCACCGCCACCUUCGCCACCAUCGACAUCUUCGCCGUGCUCGGGUUCAAGGCCGUCGCCAACUAUGAGAAGUGUGUCGAGCACAACAUUAUGAUCCUGCAGGACCUCCUCCCUGAACUGCCCAAGCACACCCAAGCGAUCGAUGUCAACCCAGACAACUAUGACAAGGUGUGGCCACAGAUCUACACCGCAAUCAGGGAGCUUUAUGAAAACACCACCCACCACCACAUCAAGAACUGCAGUGUGGAGGAUGAGCUCAACCAGGCUGCUGAGGGGACGGGUCUGGCUUUCAUCGUGUUCACCCAGGCCAUUGUGGAGCUCCCCGGCAGCAACUUCUGGUCAGUCUGCUUCUUCAUGAUGCUGCUCGCACUGGGUCUUGGCUCCCAAUUCGGCACAAUGGAGGGCGUCAUCACCAACCUCUUUGACAUGAAGGUGUUCGCCCGAGUGCGGAAAGAAAUUUUGACUGGUUGUGUGUGCCUGUCCAGCUUGAUCAUUGGCUUGAUCUUCUGCACGGGCGCUGGUGAGUACUGGCUGGGCAUGUUCGACACCUUCGCCGGCUCCAUGGGUCUCAUCAUCAUUGCCUUCUUCGAGACCAUUGUCAUCUCCUAUGUGUAUGGCCACAAGAAGUUCUCCAGUGACAUAGAGAAGAUGAUUGGGGAAUGGCCUGGCAUCUACUGGCAGGCCACGUGGCGCUUCAUCUCCCCCAUCACCAUCUUCACUAUCGUGGUGGCCUCUGUCUACUACAGGAUCACUAACCCACCAACCUACCCGGCUUGGAAUGCUGAGGAGGGCUUCUCGGAACACGUGGCAUACCCUGGCUGGGCUAUGUUCGUGUGCCUGCUGCUGCUGCUCGGAGGGUUCCUGCCCAUUCCCAUCGUGUACUUCAUGAGGCGGUGGCAGUGCAUCCGCUUCGACACCAACAUCCAUGAGGCCUCCAUCAAGCGUGUGGAGACGACCAUGUCCACACAGGGCAUGAUCAAGGGAGAGGAGCUUGAGGAGUACCAUGACUCCCCCGGUGGCGAGGAUGAGGACGAUGACAAUGGCCUCACGGUGCAGGGCGGCAAGUUCAGGAUGGAGGUGAUUGACUAGACACACCCCUAGCCCCUCCUGGCCCCACACCCUCUUCGGCCACUGCCCCGCCGGCCCCGCCACCACACGCCACCUCCAACGCACUCUAGUGUGGCGGGGCAGGUGUACACGUGUGCAUUUGUGUGUGUCUGGCGGUGUACAUAAUUAUACAUAGAAACACUGUUAGCCAAACGCUGGCCCUCCCCAGUGCCAAAUAACCAGCGAGAGAUAGUGCGUAGUAUUUCUCGCAAUUUCAUUGCUGUUUGAUGAUCAUUUUCCUUUGCUCUUUGUUGCUCUGUGUCACGCAUGCCAUCUGGGUGCCACACACCGCCCCUGGGGACACUAGGGUGCCACACAGCCAUCCAGCACCCAACCUCACCACUCGGAUGCCUCGGGUGGCACCAGGGGUCCACCUGGGUGACGCCCCAAGCCUCAAAACCUGCCCUGAGCCUCCAGCACCGGCUCUGACCCACAUGUCCUGAAUGUGUAUGUAAAUUCUGAAGAAAAUAAUACUCCAUGGAGCACACUGUUGGUGGAGGAGAGGAGGCGCCCCAGACCGCACCAAUGGGCACGGGGUGGCCUCACAGGGAGCGGGAAGUGAGGUGGGCUGUGUCUGAGCCUCACCUAAGACAGGCAGGUGUGUGAGGGCAUCAGGUGAGAGCAUGCAAGCCCCUCUUCCCCCCCACCCUCCUGUGCCGACAAGGUGCUCCCGCUGCGUCAAGAUUGUACAGAUAAUACUAACAUCUAUUUUUCUUGUGUAUGUGUAUGCCUGUGUGUGUGAGGGAGUGUGUAUGUGUGACAGGGGAGGGAUGUGUGUGUGUGUGUGUGUGUGUGUGUGUGUGUGUGUGUGUGUGUGUGUGUGUGUGUGUGUGUGUGUGUGUGUGUGUGUGUGUGUGUGUGUGUGUGUGUGUGUUCCAUAUAUUUUUUCAUAGGAAGCCCCUUCAUGUGUGUGCAUGUGUGUGUGUGUGUGUGUGUACACAUCUCACAGCUUUUGUUAAGAUCAUAUAAGCUGCUGCAGGAACAAGGAUAGGCCAUGACAUGAUACUACUUUGCUAUACUGGCACAGUUAGCCAGAGGAGAGAUACAUCCAAGUGUAGCUACAGAAUGUCCUUAUCUGUCAAAGAGUGAGGAGCUAUGUCAGUGGUUGAUAGAAGGGAAGUUGUAAUGGUCUCUGUGUUGUGUGGUUAGUCGGUGGUGACGUUGGUGGCCGCCCUUGCUGAGGUUCGUGGUUAUUUUUCUGGAUUUUGAAGGAACUGGUUGUGUUCUGUUUCUGGGAUAGAUUUUGUGAGACUGAUGGACCUUAUUUCUCUCUCUCUCUCUCUCUCUCUCUCUCUCUCUCUCUCUCUCUCUCUCUCUCUCUCUCUCUCUCUCUCUCUCUCUCUCUCUCUCUCUCUCUCUCUCUCUCUCUCUCUCUCUCUCUCUCUCUCUCUCUCUCUCUCUCUCUCUCUCUCUCUCUCUCUCUCUCUCUCUCUCUCUCUCUCUCUCUCUCUCUCUCUCUCUCUCUCUCAGCAGGGCCAUCACAGCUCACCAACAUCAGUACACCGUCCCUCCCUCCUGUUGCUCUGCGUCUUGUGAUGAAAGUGUACAUACUUGUGCAAGUUUUAUACAUAUACAAGCUAAGCAGUACAAUCGGGGACAGAAAUCAAGUACUAUUACCUCCACUGUGCUUUGUGUUCCCCAUCAACCUUAACUUGACUUGAAUUGAAGGGAUAUGGAAUGUACAGAAGUAGGUGUUAGUAGUGACUUGACUUUUGGCCUCAACUGUACAAAUCCAGCUCUUCAUGGCUCAGACAGCACAGUGACGCUGCCUCCUAGACCUCGGGCCAGCCUCCUUCUUGCUCUGUACCAAACGUCCCCACGGCACAAUGCAGGAAUAGCAAUAGUAGUGCUGAUGGUGGUGUCUUGAAAACAUUAGCGCUGUGCAUUCAUUACCAGCCUCUGUCAGUUGUCAUUGUUGUUUGUUAUGGUUAUUACUAUUAUUAUUUUAUUAUUAUUGUUAUUAUUAGUCUCUUUUUUUCAUGCAGAGGCGUAAAUGUUAAGAAAGUUUGCAAAUGUUUUGUUUCUUCUCUCAUAUAUGCAUCUGCAUUGCUUUUCUUUGUAUCAUUUUCCACGCUUUCAUUUUCCUCAUUUUCUUUGGGUGUUUAGUUUUCAGAAUAAUGACAAAACUAAUAGUAGUAAACCAGCAUUGUGAUUUGCCAGCAGCCCCCAGUUCAUAGUUGCAUACGUACAUAGUUUUCUAAAAUAACACAGGGCUAAAAAGACUAGUUUAGUAACAGUAGGGGAAGUAACACAAGUAACACCGAAGCAUUAUAUAUAUAAACAUACGUAAACAUACAGAAUGAUGCAGUAUUAGGUAGGUUAUUUCUCUCCCUCAUCCCCCUGAUCCCCUCCCCCCACCUGCAGGACCUCCAGUAUCGGACAGAAGGAGAGGUAGUAGGUUAGUAAACUCUGUCGCUCUCUGUCAGUUGUAAGAGGUUUUUUUUUUGUUUUUUUUUUUCAACUUUUAUAAUACUACCACUGCACUAGCAAUGCCUGGUCUGGUGUGCAUUAGAUACUACCACAUAAAUAGUGUAUGACUACUGCAUAAGUUGAAUGAAUAAUAGUAAUGAUAAUAACAAUACAUAGUAGCAUAGUGGCGUGCUCAGUCUUAUUUUAUUUAUUUAUUUUUAUUACUACAGAAGCCAUGUUUUUAUUUAUGGCUCCCGUGUAAGAUUUCUCUUUGAGGUAUUACAAAGCAGUUUUACAAAGACUUAACUGUCAAUGUUUGAUAUGUUUUAAUUCCUUUUUGUAUUUUUCUUUACAAGUCAAAGGUUCGUGUCAAAAGCUGAGAUCUUCCGGUAAAGCCUUCAGGAAUUGAGGCUCAACUGGUGUCAUUCUGCCAACUCGAAUCAAAGCUAAAUUGUAUCAAGUCAAAUUUCUUUUUUAGUUUGAAAAGUGAGUAAUGAGAGAUCUUUGUAAAGUAAGGUUCUUUUGUAAGGCAAGGAUACGAUUGAUCUUGGUAUUAAUCCAGCUGGGGCAUAAGAAGAGAAACUAGAAUGAAUAAGACCAGAAUGUAAGUUACUAGAAAUAUAAUCCAAUUUGACAUAAUAUUCAGAUACCACAUAUGUAAUGACAACACCACUUUCAGUCCGACAUCCAACACAGAAGUAACCAACCAAUCAGUGGGGAGAAUUUAUUGGCAUCACGUUCUGUUUUCCUUCAUCACAGUGGUAACCAAUGAGAAGACACCUCACUGACCCGUGUUCUUCCAUCACUCCAUUUUAAGUGAUCCAGUGCGAAAGAUAACACUUCACCAUCUAUAACUAAAAGAGGAUGAUGGUAGUGGAUUCAGACUUGUAAAAAUGACGUCUAAAUUCUCGUUUACCAGGCACUGAAUGAAGUGUAACUGAAUUUACUGUAAAGAUGUUUUAUAUUCAACUUAAAAAGAAAAAAACAACAAUAAAAAGCGAUUCUAUAUUUUUUCUUAUUUGUUCGUGUUGUAAUAAUAUUUUGUACAUAGGCGUGUACAUAAUUAUCUCUCUCUCUCUCUCUCUCUCUCUCUCUCUCUCUCUCUCUCUCUCUCUCUCUCUCUCUCUCUCUCUCUCUCUCUCUCUCUCUCUCUCUCUCUCUCUCUCUCUCUCUCUCUCUCUCUGUUGUUAUUGUUGUUAUCGUCAUUCCACAAAACGGCAGCAAAUUUAGAAGGCAUAAGAAAAAACGUGAUGUCUUUUAUUAACAUGUACUUGCCCUUUCUUUUGUCCAGUUUUCGAAGUUUCUUGGUUCUGAUAUUUUUUUUCGGAUUUCAGAUUUGAGGAGCUGUGUACCAUGGGUCUCUCUCUCUCUCUCUCUCUCUCUCUCUCUCUCUCUCUCUCUCUCUCUCUCUCUCUCUCUCUCUCUCUCUCUCUCUCUCUCUCUCUCUCUCUCUCUCUCUCUCUCUCUCUCUCUCUCUCUCUCUCUCUCAAGGAAACAUGCAUUAUAAACUUCCACGGAAUCUCAAAAAACUGGUAGUAAUUCUUUCAUAUAACAUACUAACACCUGUAGAGGGAAAGAUCUACUAUAUAGGAAUAAUGGGAACAUCCUAAUUGAACACGUGGGCAUAAUUAGCUGAGCCUUUAAUUAACCUGUAUGGACUUUACCUGCAAAGUAUUUUAACCAUCCUGAAGUUUUUAUGGUGAAUUUUUGUAACUUUUUCAUCUUUUCUAUAGCUUCCUAUUUACACCUGCCGAGGUAUUAUUAAGGGUUAAUUUGUCGUAGAAUGAGAUUUUGAUGUACGAGUAUUUAACUUAGCUACAGGAAACAAUAGCAUAUUUUUGUUUUAAUGUACGAUAAUAGUGCAGUGUACAGCCGCGGAUUUUACGGUACAGGUAUUCUCAGCAGUCUUUUAAUGUCAGUAUUCCGCCAUUUUUUCUCCUUUUUUUCACUUUUAGGUGUUGCCAUGUAGCUUUUCAUCAACCACGUACUUACAUACAUAUAUACAUGGGAUUUUUUUUUUGCAGUACGUGUGUAGCCUACAUUAUACUUGCAAAUAUAAACAUACAAAGAGGAAUUUUUGCAUAGAACUUUAUACUUUUUUUUUUAUUAAACUAUCGUACAUAGGUGUGUAGUAUGUACGUAACCAUUUAACCAUUUCUGUAGAGGCUAGGUAGGCAGUUAGCAGCCAUUCAUGAUCCAUAAGACUAUACAUAACCUCUUAACCACGGUGGAAAGUACUGCAAGAAAAUAUAUAUAUAAAAGAAAAGGCAGGGAAGUGAAGAAUGGGAGAGGAAUGAGAUGUUAGGUUGGUUUUUAAGUGUAAUGAUGGAAUAAUAUGGUGACUAAACAUAUUGUUGUGUGGCAUAGGAUAUCCAGACAGCAAGCUUGAAUGUACUGCUGGCAAGGUUAGGAAGGAGGAAGAGAAAAUUCACCAGCCGCGGAUAAAGUUAACGGGCUCCUUUUCUUUGCCAAAUUAAUGUUUCUAUGAAGCCUUCAGGCGCAUCAUUAUCAUAUAUAAAAAAAUAAUGAAUAAGAAGUAAAAUAAAAAAUAAAGCAUAAAUGCACGUGAAGAAAAGAAAAACACUAAAAACUAUACAAGCUUAGUCCUCUGAAGAAAGUCCAAAAGAAAAUGUGACAUGAACUUACACUCAAAUUAACUUGAUAACCGUCCGUCACUUCUAUGUUUGUACAGUUGUCAGUUGUAAUGGUGAUGUCAGAGGCGUGAGCUGAAGAGAGCAUGCCUGCCAGGGGCGUGUGGAGUAUUGGUGUUGUGGCGGUGUUGAGGUGAGACAGUGGUGGUGUUCUGGUGUCCCUUUAGGGCUGUUUGCUGAUACAAGGGUGUUCCUCAGUUACUUGUAUGUUGAUGCCAUCCGUUACAUUACGCCUUGAUUCUCUCUCUCUCUCUCUCUCUCUCUCUCUCUCUCUCUCUCUCUGGUGUAAAUUAUCUUAUUCUAGCAGUGAGAUCCAGGGUAAAUGUGUACAUACAGUUAAUUCUCCGAGCAAAGCUGUGAAUAAUUUUUCAUUACGACUUUUUUAUGUACACUGUAGCGCUGAUGUGUUGUCCCAUGAAGCGUAUCUUUGUGCCAUAACUCGCGUCGCCCAGCACAGCGCCACACGGUCCUGUUCCUGUAUUCUCGAACGUUCCGGCGUCCUGUCUCGACUAGUGUGAACAGGCUCUAGUGAGAAUCAUGUUGCGGCGAAGAUAACCAGUCAGUCAGUUAUUCAUUCAGUCAGUCAGUCAGUCGAUGCUCAUGUUUCGCUUCUCCUUCCCUUUGUCGUGACGCUGGCGAACGUUCGCUUGAGGAUCUAUGUCUUUAGGUUCAUUUUUCCAUCCCUUGCAGCCAUACAAGUGCUCAAUCGUUUGUCUGGUGAGGCGCGUGGCGAGUGAUGUGUGAUGGCGAGUGUUUUAAGGAGAGUGGGCAAGGCGCAAGUGAGUCGUGUGUCAGGUCGCCGCCACACGCGUGCGGUACAUAUAUAUGCAUUCACACUAACCACUCAUUAAAUCCUCCCUCUUGACGCGUGCUUUUCACUCGAUUAUUUUUUUUACUUUUUUUUUUUUUUCGAAAUCCAAAUAGUCGAUUCAUUGUGUCUGUGUACAACCACCAGAGGGCAGCAGGUGAAGACCCACAGUGGCGCGGCGUGUCAGUGUGAAUGGCAGGCAAAAGAACCAUAAAAAAAAAAAUUGUUAAAUUCUUGCUCAAAAACAGUAACUUCGUGACCAAAUCUUAAUCCUGGCAGGGUUCUUUAGGUAGGCGGCACAGGACUUCCCCCCUCGCCAGUGUCUGCCAAUUACUAUCACCGCGGGAGUAGAUUGGCUACGUGGUGCAGAGCUCGACUCACGGCUUCAGUGUCAUGGGUUCGAUAGCUCGGUAGCACUCUUGUAACCCCACCUGGCUUCGUUGUUACGGCGCUACAUCUCAGUCUCCUAUCAGUGCGAUGUAUUAACAGAAAACGUUCGUUCAUUCGCGUUCUCUGUGUCGAAAUUCCUUACAUAAUUCGUGUGCCUUGGUCGUGUUGCCUUGCCCAGAGUGGCGGCGGCUGCGGGGCGGCUCCGGGUCGGCUAAUGUUAAGCGAAACUAUAGAAAUUACAUAUUUUCCCCAUUAAAAAGACUCGCUGCAAGGCUGGUUCCUCCUCGGCUCAACCUGUGCUAGUCCGUCGUGUGUGUCCCGUAGCGAGGCAUGGUGGCGUGGCGUGUCUGUCUGUCUGUUUGUCUGUGUAAGAAUGAGUGAGGGAGUGAAUCCGGCACGUCAACCCCCUCGCGUACGUGUAGCUGCUGUACAUAACCUAACAUAACAUAGGCAAGGUUGCUGGUCUCUCCUCCGUCAUCUUGUGGUACUGCAUAGAAGACUGCGGGGAGAGGGAGGCACUGUUGCGCAUCACUGUGAGACGUUAUACUGUAAGGCAAGACAGACUAUUACUACUACUACUAUUAUUAGGGUGUUUUUUGAUAGAUUCUUUUUGAAUAAUACGUCCUUUUUUAUGUAGGAUAGUUUUUUUUUUUAUGUGAAGGAACGCUUUUGUGGCGUGUAUUGAUGGUUUUGUGAUUCAGUUCAGUCAACGCAUACAGUUCAGUCAACGCAUAUGAUUCUGGGUGUUCGUUUAUCUACCAUCUGUUUGACGUGUUUAUUGAUGCGGAGGAAUGUGAACAUCAAUCUGCUCGUGUCUGCAGGAGAAUGAGACACGAUUAGCUUUUUUGUAUAACUGGGAUGGCCGACAUCAGUGUGUGUGUUUGUGUGUGUGUCGAAAAAUAUCUUUGCACCACACAGGAUUACAAGUGUUAUCGUGUUACAGGUAUGAAACAUGUCCACCCAUAAAAAAAGAAAUAUUUCAGGCAUUAAUUUAGAAACAAGUUCAUAAGCUGUAACUAAAACUUUUGGAGACUGUAAGCUGUACUAUUUUUUUUUUUUUACAACCAUGUGUUAAAUUAUAUAAUCUUACGAUACUUUUUUUUUCUUCCAUGUUGAAAUGUAAACUUUUCAUAUUUUUCGUUUGUGUAUUAAAUUGUAAAGUUUGUGCAUUUUUUUUCCUGUUCAUGUAUUGCGUUCCUUGGCAGACGCAGCGCCGCCUUGCAAAAACGUGUUCGUGGCGAGUGGCGGCGCUGUGGCUGUGCUGUACAUAGCGUGAGUGCAAGAGCCCUGGAUCAGGCAGUGUGGCGGCGCCGCGGCCCCCGUCGUGGUGGCGGGGCGGCGCGGCGCAGUCUUGCAUGUGAUAGUACUUAAUCGAGUAUUGAAUUUUAACUUUUCUAAGACGUGAAGCGUGACAGGGAGGAAAGCCCAUGACACUGUAGGGGGCUGGAUGUGAGACGCGGCACACAGGCAGGCAGGCAGACGCAUCUGAGGAGGAAAUGAGGUUAAAAAAGCUGUAAUUUCUUUUAUGAUCUAAACUAAUCUUCACAUAAAUAAAGAUCUGUAGAUGAAGAUGGAACUACAUAUUAUACUACUACUAUUACUAGUGAUCUUGUUUACUUGAAUCGCCCCUCCUCCUCCUCCUCCUCCUCCUCCAAAACAAGCUAUGUAUAAGUUACCCCAAGGCUCAUGACGCAGCCAGUCAAUAACUCCUUCACAUCGUGGGGAAACUGUAGGGGAGAAUGAGAUCAACUCGCCGCCUCCCGCCUGGUGUGCGCCGCGCCUCGCUGGCUGUCUCGGAGCAGUGGCGGGGGUUCGACACUAUUGAGAGUAGGAGUAUUUUUGUAGAGAGAAACGAACGUGUGGUGGGAGCGUGACCUGUGCUGCUGACGUGGCUGCUUCGUGUGUGUGUGUGUGUGUGUGUGCGUGUGGAGGGAAGAUGUUACAGUUAUGUUCUCAUAAGUAAAGGGACUAGUUUUUCAUCUUCACUAGAAAAGAAAAAAAAAGUUUAUUUCCUCAUUCCCUACCCUUUCUUGUUCAUUCCCUCUCUCCCUCCUCUCUUCCUUCCCGUUCAUCUCCCUUCCAAAUUCCCAUUCCUUGUUCCUUUCUCCCUUUUCCCUUUCCUUCUCUGCUUACUCCAUUCCCUUCCCUCUCCCUUCUCUUUUCCUUCCCCUUCAUUUCCCUUCCAUAUUCCCAUUCUUUUGUCACAGCCUCCCUUUUCCCUUUCUUUCCUUUACCCCUACCAUCUUCCAACCUCUCUCUUCUCCUCUCAUCUCCCUUACCUUUCACCUUCCUCCAGUCUCUCAUCUUGUCACUCGCCCCUAUACCACCACCACCACCACCACCACCACUACGAGGGGCAGCACCGUCUCGCAGGUCGCCGUGUGUGUGAUGGGGAAGAGAAUCAUGUAUUAUACUAAAUCAUUCGUUUCCAUGUGAUACAGUAAACCAUAUUCUUGUUCUUCUUCUUCCAUACAUAUGUACUUCAUCUGAUUCUCUCUCUCUCUCUCUCUCUCUCUCUCUCUCUCUCUCUCUCUCUCUCUCUCUCUCUCUCUCUCUCUCUCUCUCUCUCUCUCUCUCUCUCUCUCUCUCUCUCUCUCCUGAGCAGUGCAAUACAAUAGGUAACUCGUGACUAAAGAAAUUACAUAUAUACAGUUUUUAAAAAGUAGUAAUUAUUUUUUCCUUGUUUAAAGUUGAUGUAUCUGUUUGUUUAGUUGUCUAAUGUCAUGGUGAGUUAAUUUUGUUUCCCUCCCGCUUUAGUUUGUUUAUGUACGAGUAUAUCCAGCGUUCUUCUUUUUAUUUUAUCUAUUGAUUUGUUCUGUAACUGUUAGGAAAAGUAAUUGUUGUUACAGUUUGAAAUUAUUGUUUGUUUAUUUAUAUUUUAUGUCACAAUAGUCAAGUUCCUAACGACAAAAAGAAAACGAAAGAGAAAAAACUUUUAUUAUAUUCAGAAAAGUUCUAUUUACUCACUGAUAUCGCUUGGGAUUUUCUUUUUAUUAAACUAAACAUUCAGAAAAAAAAUACGCUCGUUUUCCUCUGAGAUAUUUUUCUCGCAUAGAAUUGUCCUUUUCUUUAAUAUUGUACUUCGCAGGGUUGAUGGUGGAGCGAUUGAUCAUGAUAGGUAUGAAAAAAAAAAUUGUUCUCUUCUUCCUCUUCCUCUUCUUCCAUCACACACUGUCACAGUCUGCCUCGGUGAUAUACUUGAUUUAUACACUUGUAAAUUAAUGAUAAUGAUAAUAAUAAUAAUAAUAAUAAUAAUAGGAAUAAUAAUAAUGAUAAUAUUAAUAAUAAUAGUAAGUUGCUUUAUGAGUUCGUAGUAGUUUGUAAAGAAGAAAAAAUAUAUAUAUAUAAAAAAAAAAGCGACGGAGAAAGCAAGGUGAAGAAGAACAAGACUUAUUAUUAUAAUGAGUGGAACGAUGUUGUUGUUGUUGUUGCAUUGUGUUCAUGAUGUGCGGUAAUACAAACUUCCUUUAUUGUAUCUUCAUGCGACAUUUUUGUAUCUGAUUUCCGCUCACUUCCACCCCCUUUCCUUCUUGACUUUCUCUUCCUUUACCCACUUCCUUUCCUUCCUUGCUAUCUUACUUGCCUUUUCCUUCAUUCUCCUUCUUUCCUUCCUUUCCUCCUUACUUCUCUUUUCCUCUACCCCCUCUCCCCCACCCAUCUUUCCUUCCUUGUUGAAUCUUCUUGUGCCUGUUUUAAUAUUUAAUUUUCGCUUGCUUCCUUCUUUCCUUUCUUCCUUUCCUCGUGUUCUCUUCUCUUCUCUUCCUCCUUGUCUCCUUUUUGGUGAUGGACGGCUUCCACCUUUUGUUUUAUUUGUUUAUUUAUUUUAUGUACGAUAGUCAGAGAAUAAUAUAAAAAAUCACUGCGUAUUCAUAUCAUAACAAAUACUUGACAUAAUAACCAGUAUUGAUUUCUCGCUAUUAAAAAAUGUAAAGUAUCUGUUUAUGUAUUUUUUUUAUAUGCAUUUUAUUUUUGUCUUUAUCAGGAAUUAUGAAAAGGAUGUGUAUUGUUAUUAUGGGUAUGUCUACAUCUUUUUUCCAAUACCUAUCUUCUCUCUCUCUCUCUCUCUCUCUCUCUCUCUCUCUCUCUCUCUCUCUCUCUCUCUCUCUCUCUCUCUCUCUCUCUCUCUCUCUCUC